AUGAACUCCGUCGGCAAUGAUAUUAAUUCAUUGUCAACCAGUAUCGAAGGAGGAACCAAAUGGUUGGUUAACAAGAUAAAAGGAAAAAUGCAAAAGCCAUUGGAGGAAUUGCUCAAGGACUAUGACAUGGCAGUAGGUAUAUUCCCUCGUGAUGCCACCAACUAUGAGUUCAACGAGGAGACGGGAAAGCUUACUGUUUAUAUCCCGUCAGUCUGUGAAGUUGGUUACAAGGAUUCAUCUGUCUUGCGUUUCUCGACUGUUAUAACCGGAUAUCUCGAGAAAGGUAAGCUUACCGAUAUAGAGGGAAUGAAAACUAAGGUGAUGAUUUGGAUAAAAGUUAGUGCUAUUUCAUCCGAAAGUACGAAGCUCCAUUUCUCUGCUGGUAUGAAGAAAACCAGAAGCCGAGAUGCUUAUGAGGUUCUUAGAGAUGGGGUCAUUGUGGAGAAGUUCUAA